UGUGGUACCAAACACUUGAUUAUCCGAUCUAGCUUUAGGAUCUACUAUAUUCCUCUGCGACAUUCGUUCGCAAGUUGCAAAUGCAAACAAAAUGAAGAAAUAAGCGAAUGUUCAGCACAUCCGUUUUGUCAGAAGAGAUGCGACAAUAUAAAAGAAUGGGAAAGAUUGCCCUGCCCGAGGAACUGCGUUUCGGGCUGCGUCUGCAAGGACGUCUACGUGCUGCACGAUCUCAAUGUGUGCAUCAAGAAAAAACCGAUUGUUUCGAAUGCAACAUUAAGUUUCCGAAAGAGAAUGCGAAAAACAAGCUCUGAUAAGUCACCGCGAACAUAA